AUGGUCACCAAGGCCGAGUUCCCGGAGGUGGUGUGGGGGGAGCACAAGAGCGCGGCGCAGGUGCUGGCCUCGCUGCAGCGCAUCGCGGAGCGGCAGGGCAUGGCGGCGGCCACGCGCGUGGGCUCGCGCGUGGCGGCCGAGGUCUGCGCCCUCGACGCCGCCGUCUCCUACGUCGAGCCCGCCCGCAUGCUGGUCCUCAAGUCGGACACCACCAAGCAGCAGAAGCUGCCGGGCAGCGUGGCGCUCAUCUGCGCGGGCACGGCCGACGUGGGGGUGGUGGAGGAGUGCCGCGUCAUGCUGGCGGCCGCCGGCUGCUACGCCUUCAAGCUCGCAGAGUCGGGGGUGAUGGGCAUGCACCGCAUCGUGCAGAACCUGGACGCCGUCAAGGCCGCGGACGUCGUCAUCUGCAUCACCGGCAUGGAUGGCGGCCUGGCCUCGGUGGUGGCGGGGCUGGUGGAGGUCCCCGUCAUCGCGCUGCCCACCAGCACCGGCUACGGCGCCGCCUUCAGCGGCGUGGCCCCCAUGCUGGCCGCCCUCAACUCCUCUGCGCCCGGCGUGUGCGUGGUGAACAUCGACAGCGGGUUUGGGGCGUCCAUGGCCGCGUGGCGCAUCCUCAAGAACGCCGCCCGCAUCCGCCAGGCGCUCACCAAGGCGUAG